AAAGAAGAAAGAAGAAAGAAGAAAGAAGAAGAAGAAUCACAAAAUUUGUAAAUGGCAAAUGGGGGAGAAAAUUUGCAUUUGCACUGGAAUUCAAGUGAUAAGGAGCAUGAUAUUCACACAAACAUAACAACUCGAGGUGAUACAAGUAAUUUUUACGUCCCCGACAGUCCAUCAAAAUUUGUUACCAACAAGGUGUUUCAUUCUCGAGAAGACUUAAUUGAGUGGGUGCAACAGGUGGGACGCUCAAUUGGUUAUGUAAUUAUUAUUAAAAGAUCGGUCAGAAAACCAAGCGGGAUCAUGAGUAGAGUAUGUUUCAUGUGUGAUCGUGGUGGUGUAUACAGAAGUAAUAAAAUCUCUAGUCGUAAUACUACCACCAAAAAGCUUAACUGUCCUUUCGAAUUGAUAGGAAAAUAUGAAAGAGUGCAUAAUUGGUGGACGUUAAGGGUAGUAUGUGAUGCACAUAAUCAUGACCAUGCACAACACAUACAAAUGAAGGGUCAUCCAUAUGCAAUGAGAUUGUCUGAAAAUGAGGUUCAACUUGUUGAAGAUCUGUCAACGCAGUAUGUAAAACCACGGGAAAUCUUAUUUGCAUUAAAGAAAAAACAUGUGGAUAAUGUGUCUACUUUGAAAACCAUAUACAAUGCACGCCAAAAAAUUCGGACUAAAAAAAAUGCAGGAAGAACAGAAAUGCAGGUUGUUAUGUCAUUUUUACAGCAGCAAGGCUAUGUACAUGAAAGUCGUGCAAAUGAGACGACUAAUGAGUUGGAAGAUUUAUUCUUCGCUCACCCGAAAUCAUUAGAGCUUUUGCGUGCAUUUCCACACGUAGUGAUGAUCGAUGCCACUUAUAAAACAAAUAGGUACAAUGUGUCACUUCUUGAGAUAGUUGGUGUAACAUCAACUAACAUGACAUUUUGUAUAGCAUUUGUGUUCAUGCAUAAACAAAAGGAAUCCACUUAUAUUUGGGCAUUGAAUCGCCUAAAGUCAACAAUCGGCUGCAUUUGCCCACGUGUUAUAGUCACGGACAAAGAGUUGCCUUUGAUGAAUGCAUGUAAUAUUGUAUUCCCCGAUGCUAAGCAAUUACUCUGUAGAUGGCACAUCUAUCAAAGUAUCUUGAAAAAUUGCAGACCUUUAAUACUUGAUCUUCAAACUUGGAAUUCCUUCUACCAAGUAUGGAUGAAGCUAGUCGAUUCUCCAACAAAGGAAUGGUACGAGUACAAUUUGGCAGGACUUGAAGCAAUUUUGUUCUAUCAUCCAGGUGUUCUUGAGUAUCUGAAUGAAGUAUGGUUGACACCAUACAAGGAAAUGUUUGUAUCUGCUUGGACUGAAUAUUUGAACCCUGGGAGUAACACAAGUAAUCAAGCUGAGAGGCAACAUUUCAAGUUAAAAUUGUACUUAGCGUCGACACAAUCAGAUUUAGAGACAUCUCUACACUAUAUACAUGAAGUCAUUCAGUCACAAGAUGCAUCGAUAGAGGUAUCAAAGUCUUAAACGCCAGAAAUAAUACAAGAAGUGAGUUUUACAUGUUUCUAAUGCGGGAUUGGAUCAGACGGAAGAACAAGAAAACAAAAUGGCACAAUUUGUAGAGCAGCAGGUACAAGUCUGAUGGCCACACAAGUCAGAGAAGAAAAGGCUUGAGCCUUUUCCACGACUCGGUUUAGGACUUUUCACGACCGUGAAGAGGAGCUCUUGGGGCAUGAGUUUGGAGAGUCGUUGGUUGAGAAAAAUCACAGCCGUUGGGUUGUCUUUUGGACAAUCGAGAGGAGCAAUAGCAUCAACUGGGUCUAGUUUGCCGGCGCUUUUUCUCAACUUCAUUCAGUAACGAUUUCUUGCUUUGGUUUUAUGUUCUUGACUUUGUUUUUAAAGGUUAAUGUAUUGUAAAGAUGAUUCUCGAGUCUUAGAUUCGAAUUGCGGGUUGUGAUCUCGAAUUAUGCAUGUGUUCUUGUUUUGGUUUCUUUCUGAGAAUGUAGUACGAAGUUCUUGUGGGUUUU